AUGGUGAUGGUCGUGGCUACCAUGUCACGGCGUCCCAAGUCGAUGCCGGAGGUUGAAACGCUCGGCAUCCUUGCUUUCGACGCCGCGAAAACCAUGUGUCGUCUCAUCUCUCUCUUCAACUCCCUAUCCGAUGAAGAAAUCAACAAGCUUCAUAACGAUGUCAUCAAAUCUAAGGGUGUAACGUAUUUGAAUUCUAGCCAGGAGAAUUUUCUCCUCACCCUUGCCGCUGCGGAACGUCUCGAGGAGCUCGAUAACACCGCUGUGACAGUCUCCCGUUUAGGCCAGAAGUGCUCGGACCUCGGCCUAGCACGGUUUGAUCUUGUUUAUGCUGAUCUCAAACAUGGUGUGAUUGACCUCCGGAAGCUGCAGUACAACUCCCGGAACACGUAUAAGAUUAUUGAAAAAACAGAGAAAUUAAUCUCCGCUUCUGCCAGUCUCCACUCUGCCAUGGAAUACAUGGUAGAGUUAGAGACGGCGGAGAAGAAACGACAGCAGAAUGGGAUAAAACAAGGUCAAAAGCCAAACAUGGAAUAUUUCAAUGAGAAAUUAGUGUCUCAAAGAAAGCAAGUGCAGAAUUUCAAGGAAACAUCAUUAUGGAAACAAACAUUUGACAAAACAGUUGGGCUCAUGGCAAGGCUUGUGUGCAUUGUGUAUGCAAGAAUAUGCUCCGUUUUCGGAGCGUAUAUUUAUAAAGAUCACCAUGGCAAGAAAAAUUUCGUGUCAUCUGGUUUUGGUUUCGACGAUUGUUGCCUUCUGGAACACCGCAAGACUCGCGGUGUUUCAGAAUGGUACGAGGAAUCGCUCCAGAGGCGCAUGAGUAGGUCGGGGCCUAUCCCCAAAGAAGCAACCUCUCUUAAUAUCCUUGGUGUGAUAAGGUUUCUUAACAGCCCUAUGCCAAUGGAUUUUGCUUGUAGUGGUGGCGACGGAAUUGAAAAAACAAUGAAAGGUUCAAGAAAUGACAAGGUUUUGAAACUUGCACCGUCGUCGACGGUUGGUGGAGUAGGGCUUUCUUUGCGGUAUGCCAAUGUGAUCCUUCUGGCGGAGCGUUAUCUCCACGCGCCAGUGACGAUUGGGGACGACGCGCGUGAGGCGUUGUACGAUAUGUUACCAGGGAGACUGAGGGUGAAAGUGAGGGCGAAACUGAAGGGACGGUUGGCGAAAGAGGGAGAAAAAGAAAGUCUCGGACACUCGCUGGCCGAGGGGUGGCGUGAGGCGUUGGAGGAGAUGAUGGAAUGGCUGUCUCCGGUUGCAUACGACACGCUUCGGUGGCGGGCAGAGAGAUACUUGGAGAAAACGAAAUUCGAGACGAAGCCGACCGCGAUGCUUCUGCAGACAUUGCAUUACUCUGACUUGGAGAAGGCAGAGGCUGCCAUAGUGGAAGUGUUGGUUGGUUUGAGUUGUAUAUGUUGGUAUGAGAGAAGAAUGCAGUGA